GCUGUGAGGCCGUAUAAAUACAAGUACGUCAUAAACAGUGGCAGUGCAACUAUUUAUUUAGUGGCAUUUAAUCUGGUUCCUGAUUUUAUGCAUUCAUAAUCCUUCACUGCGGUUAGAUGGCGUGUCCUGCUAAUAACACAGUGGAGCUGAACCCAGCCCUCCUCCCUCUAGACUGGCUUCUGGGUACCUGGGAGUCAGAUGAACCUGGAGAGGGCUGUUUUACCUCUAUAAAACCUUUCCGCUACAUAGAGACACUGAACUUCAGCCACGUGGGACAACCAGUCAUCAACUUCAUGUUCAAUGCCUUCCAUGCAGAGAGCAAGAAGCCUCUGCACAGGGAGUGUGGUUUCAUCCGGAUGCAGCCAGGAACCAACAGAGUGGCGUUCAUGAUUGCACAGAACUCAGGUCUGGUGGAGAUUGAGGAGGGAGAGCUGACAGCCCAGCAGCUGAACCUACAGAGCCAGACUCUAGCCAGAGUCUCUUUUGCCAGAGAGCCGUAUGUACAGAAGAUUUCUCGAGUGUUUCAGCUCCGACCAGAUGGGAGACUGGAGCAGACAGUUUCCAUGGCAACAGACAACCAGCCACUGAUGCAGCACUUGCACAUCACCUACCGUCGGUCAUCUUGACCCAACGGGCCGCCAGGCUUCUUUUACACAUAUUCUUGUGUCAGGAACGAUAAAUGAUGCUUAACUGUGACUUGAUCAAUUAUCACAGUUUAGUCCGAUAAAUCUAUAAAUGAGUUAUGGUACGUAAAUACAUGACAUAGAGUAUUAACUUUGUUUAGGCACUACAGUGAGACUGAUGUAGAGUUAAUGUUGCUGUCAAAAUAAAAAUAAAGAUUAUAUAUUGCACUAAGUGGGGUUGGUUGAGUAUGGGUGCUUGCGUUAUCGUAAUAUUUAUCACUUGGAUGUUUAAUGGAGCUAUAAGAAUUAUAAAGCACUGAUGAAUUAAUGUUAAGUCCAAUGUCUUCUUACCUUCAGCUUUCAUAGCACUAUUUUAAGAUGAAAAGCUGAUGUAAAUGCUGUCCUUCUUAAGUCAACGAACAUUGUUUGAGUGUGUAAUAGAUUCACGGAGAGGUGAUUUAAAUAAAGUUAUACAUGAUUUCAGCUUUUCUCAACUGGACUACUGUAAUGCACUUUG